GUUUUUUGCACGCAAGAGCCUCGGGUUGUGUAGAAAUCGUUUUGGGAUCAGGAAUUUCUGAAUUGAUUUGGAUGACUAGCAUAAAGCCAGCCAGUGAUCAUAAGCGCAAUCUGAAAUUAUUGAUACCUACCACAGAGUCAAAAGUUGUUUGCAAUUAUCGGUUUUUUUUUUCAGCACAAAUCACUUCGGGCAGUCUUUCAGGGAAGUAGCAGUAGAAAAUGUCGGCUGACGCGCUUCUAGGGUGGCUGCAAACACCGGAAGGCCCUGGCGAUGACAUACUUGAGUUCUUGACGAACUACGAUCUUCAUCAACUGGGGCAAGUUUGCCGCGAAGCGCACGCAGCGGUUCGCAGGGACGGAAAGCUGCGUUGUCGCAACGUAGUGAUCAACUUCUCUUGCAAGAAAACUGGCGCAAUUGGUGGAACUCGAGAAGAUCCAGACGAUCUCACCCUAAGCGCCCAGCCCCGGGAUGAUCUCACAACAUUGCUAAGGCACGACCUGGCAGAUGUGAAGACGCUGCGGAUUGAGGUGCAUGCAAAGAUUCCGAAGUGUGGGGCGCCACAUAUUGUCAUCGAUCCGAUCCUUCCGCAGAUAGCUUCUCUGUUGACCGCGACCACGCAUCUGCAGCACUUCGUCCUGAUUGUCCUCGAUGUGGCCCCGGAGGGGAGUCGAUACGCUGACCCCGACCACUGGUUCCUGUACCAGAACCCGGUGGCACCAGCGCACCUCGAUUCUCUCUUGAAGUUUCAGACAGCCUUGUCCGAUUUAAAGAGCCUGGAAGUGCUGAGUAUUCCCAGCGCCGUCGCCGUUUCGAGCCUCACUUUUCGCCCGGGGCCCGGUCUGAGCACGCAGCUACCCAAAUUGAGUCAGCUGCACGUCACGGGCUUUCUCAGUGCAAAGAAGGUCACGCGCGCUUCAUUUCUGACUGCGAUCGUUUUGGGACGGGGUGUCGGGGCACGGGCUCCAAGCCUCACCACGGUCUCGCUAGAAGGGUUCGACUGUGUCGCCGGUUCUGGAGACCACUUCCCAGCGCUUUGGCAGCAAGUGGCCGGCUCGUCGCUGCGGAGACUAUCUGUUCGCGUCAAUCAGUCAGCGGAUUUGCAAGAAGACUUCUGCCAGCGCCUCCGGCAAGCGGACUGGUUCUGGUCGUGCUGCAGCGGUGUCACCCACCUCGAGUUAGACUUCCCGCCCAAUGCGCCGGACUUAUCGAAGCGUUUCCCAAGCCUGCAGGCGUUGCACCUGACUGGUUUUCGACGCGAAACUCCCCUCAAGAAGUGUUACCGUCCCAAAGUUGUGGAGCUGCUGAAGACGUUUGACUUCACCAAGCGGCGGCUGGUGCUUCACGAUACGGAACUUUUCGCAGCCGAGCUCGGUGCGAUGUCGAUCAUCCUGUCGCCAUCUGUGGACACAGCGUCGGACCACGAGACGCUGCUGCACAGGGAGCAGUUGCGGAAAAAGCUCGAAGAGAUAAUGAAUGAUGCGAAGCUUUUCAAUUCGAAAACAACUUGGUGCAAAAUCGCGACUGGUCUGCCGCUUUGUUGGCUUACGGAGCGUGAUAUUUCGGCCGGACGAAAAAAGUCAAAGUGA